AUUUUCUUCCUCUUCUCCACUCCUCUAUCCCCGUCCUCCCUGCCGCUAAACCCCCAUACAGAAUUCGCAGAGCUCCCCUGACAAUCUAAAUUCCUCUUCUCCGGUCGGCGACGCCCUCGAUAAUUCCGGCUUAAUUCCUCGAUUUUUUCGUUAUUUUUCUUUUAUUAUUGCGCAACCCUUUGCCAUCCUCAUUUUCACUUCGAUUCCGCAAACUCUCAACGCACACCGAACCUCCAAAACCUGUUGUUUCUUCAAGGGAAAAGUAGGCCAGUGGACAUGCGCUUAUCAUCUCAAAGUUGCACCUCCACCAAUACCACCUCAACCCUCACAAGGGGCCAGCGUCAAAGAGUUCUUCCAAUUCCUCGCGGUGUCAAUAUGGUAGUCUGGAGUCUAGAUAAUCGAUUUGUCCUUUCUGCUAUAAGGGUAAGAGGUAGCAGUGUUUGGGUGCUUAAUCCUAGAUGUUGGCUUCUUAACAUAUUUGCCAUUAUGCUGGUGCCAUUGUGCUUUUUAAUUAGAUUUCGAGGUGCAUAAAUUUGGCCAAAUAAUAUAUUACCACAAUGCAGAUUGCAGAAUGUGUAUCGAAUGCUACUGAUGGUAGCUUAGUUCAAUCUUUGACUGGUCAUACUGAAUCUGUAAGUCAUUUUUAUUUCUGAUUUGUGAAUCUUUUCUUGAAUCUUGUUAUUUUCGGCUUGCAUUUAGGAAGACUGGGAUUCAUCUAUCAUAUAACCAUAUGCCUUGGCUGAUAAAAAAAUUACCACAUG